AUGUUGCUCAACGCCGAGACCGCCCUUUUUUCCUCCAAAAUCCUUCUAGUCCCAUACUCGACAUGGCACGUACCCCGCUACCAUGAAUGGAUGCAAGACGAGGAAAUUCAACAAGCAACCGCUUCAGAACCACUAAGCGUCGAAGAAGAAUACGCCAUGCAACAAAGCUGGCGCCAAGACGCAGACAAAUUAACAUUCAUCAUCUGCCAACCUAUAUCAUCAUCAUCAGAGCCUGCCUCUCCAGCUGUGUUUACGAAAGAGUCCGACUCUCCUCAAAAAAUGGUCGGAGACAUCAAUCUCUUCCUCCGAGUCGAUGACGGAGACGAGGGAGACUCACCGCCACAAAUCGUCGGAGAAAUCGAGCUCAUGAUUGCGGAGAAAACUAACCAACGUCGCGGAUUCGGGAAGGCGGCUCUACUAGUCUUUAUGCGGUAUAUUAUUGAACAUCAGACUGAGAUUUUGGAAGAGUUCGUGAGCCGGGGUGUUGAUGAUGCGGAGAGUGUGCGGAAGCUGAGAGAUGCUGGGCCGUUAGCUUUUGAAUGUUUCAGCGUGAAGAUUAGUCAGAAUAAUUCGCGCAGUUUGGCUUUGUUUGAGGGAUUGGGGUUUGUAAGGCUUUCUCCGGAGCCGAAUUUCUUUGGAGAGUUUGAGCUGAGGAGGACGGAGUUGGGUGUGCAGGGUAUUGUUGGGGAACUUGGGGUUGCUGGCGUUGAGGGUUAUGGGAAGGCUUUUUAUACACGGAGAGAAUAG